AACUUCCGCCUGAAGAAAACCAGCCGUUGGAUCGUUUUUUCUUCACUCAGGGUCCGUCAGCGGCCAUAUGUAAUUUAUCCUCAUUCAUUCAUCUCCAGGCGGACUUUGCUCCUUUUUUGUCGACACCAAACGACGUUUUUCUUCCCCCUUUCUUCUUCUCAACGGGAAGUAGCUGCGCGUUUUCCCCCUCCGCUCCGUCGUUCCUCCUCCUCGGACGGUUAUCGGUGUGAGCCGCUGUGAGGGUCCGUCGCAGGCGGGGUGGUGACAGCACAAUGAUCGAGCGACCAGACACUGCGGUUCCCAGCAUCGCUCAGCGGAACCUGGAGGGAUACGUGGGCUUCGCCAACCUCCCCAACCAGGUGUACCGGAAGUCGGUGAAAAGAGGGUUCGAGUUCACGUUAAUGGUCGUAGGAGAGUCCGGUCUCGGGAAAUCAACGCUCAUCAACUCUCUGUUCCUGACUGAUCUGUACUCCAAGGAUUAUCCCGGCCCGUCCCAGCGCAUCAAGAAGACCGUACAGGUGGAGCAGUCCAAGGUGUUGAUCAAGGAGGGAGGAGUCCAGCUGACGCUCACCAUCGUGGACACGCCGGGGUUUGGAGACGCAGUGGACAACAGCAACUGCUGGCAGCCGGUCAUCAACUACAUCGACAGUAAAUGUGAGGACUUCCUGAACGCGGAGUCGAGGGUGAACCGCAGGUCGAUGCCCGACAACCGAGUCCACUGCUGCCUUUACUUCAUCGCUCCCUCUGGACACGGUCUGAAGCCCCUGGACAUCGAGUUCAUGAAGAGACUCCACGACAAAGUCAACGUCAUCCCUCUCAUCGCCAAAGCCGACACCCUGACCCCCGAGGAGUGCCAGCUUUUUAAAAAACAGAUAAUGAAAGAAAUACAGGAGCACAAAAUCAAAAUCUACGAGUUCCCAGACACAGAAGACGACGAGGACAACAAGCUCAUCCGAAAGAUCAAGGAGAAGAUGCCUCUGGCGGUGGUCGGCAGCAACGUGGUCAUCGAGGUGAACGGCAAGAAGGUCAGAGGUCGCCAGUAUCCGUGGGGCGUGGCCGAAGAGGGCAUUUUUGUGGAGAACGGGGAACACUGCGACUUCACCGUGCUGCGUAACAUGCUCAUCAGGACCCACAUGCAGGACCUGAAGGACGUCACCAACAACGUCCACUAUGAGAACUACCGCAGUAAGAAGCUGGCGGCCGUCACCUGUAACGGAGUGGACACCUCCAAGACCAAGGGACAGCUCACCAAGAGUCCUCUGGCUCAGAUGGAGGAGGAGCGCAGGGAGCACGUGAUGAAGAUGAAGAAGAUGGAGGCGGAGAUGGAGCAAGUGUUCGAGAUGAAGGUUAAGGAGAAGAAGCAGAAGCUGAAGGACUCGGAGGCCGAGCUGGAGCGACGCCACGAGCAGAUGAAGAGGAACCUGGAGGCUCAGUACAAGGAGCUGGAGGAGAAGAGGCGAGUGUUCGAGGACGAGAAGGCGAACUGGGAGGCGCAGCAGAGGAUCCUGGAGCAGCAGAAACUCGACGCCUCCAAGACGAUGGAAAAGAACAAGAAGAAAGGAAAAAUCUUUUGAAGAUCGACGCUUCAGUUUUACACAAACUCACCCCCCCCCCCUCCCCCCACCCUCAAACACACACACUCAUAACACACACACACACACACAGACAUAAGUAACGUUCAACAUGACAACACCCUCUGUUUAACACGUUCACACACUCGUCUCUGCAGGUUUCAAACCUUCUUCUCAUGUGUUCGUCAGAUUCUAUUUUCCUACAUUUACCGACAACGAGGAGACGCAGAGUUUCCUCCGAGCUUCAGAGUCAACACACGAUGUCAGGGACCAUGAACCAUCACCUGGACAUGUAGUCGUCCCUUUAGGUCCCCCCCCGACCCACACAAACCCCCCCAACACAAACCCCCCCAACACAAACCAACCCCCCCACAAACCUCCUUCUGACAAGAGAGAGACUCAGGAGAAGACGGUUUCUGAAUCAGUCACAGAUGAAAUGAAAUGAGGUCCGGUCUCAACAGGAAGUAGCUCAACUUUGGUAGCAACGCGCAAGCUAACAAAAUGCUAACAUGCUAAAUUCCUGUGAAAUUCACCUUUUAAAUUAAAUAAAAUAAAUAAAAACAUUCAAGUUUUAUUCAUUUUUUUGCAACAGAACUUUUUUUCUUGUUAAAACCUCGAACGAAUAAAUAAAUGAGUCAUUUUGCAAAUAGAAUAAAUUAACUUUAAAAAAUAGAUUUGGAACUUUCUCAGGACAAAAUUAAAAUAAAUAAUAACGUCACGUUUGAAUUAAAUUUUCUCCAGGAAGAAAAAUUUGAAAGUAAAGUAACUUUCAGAAUAGAUUCAUAACUUAUGUCUUUUCAGUUAAAAAGCUUCUUAAACUCUAAUAAAUUCGACUUUUAGAUCUUUUAAAUAAAUAAAACAAACACUUUCUCCAUUUAAAAUGAAACAAUAAUAACUUUCAAAUAAAACACUUUGAAUAAAAAUCUUCUGUUAACGAGAACAUCUUCUCUGAAUCUGAUUCCUUCCUUUAAUUAAAACUAGUUUUUAUUUCUGGACUAAAGGUUGAAACCAGGUCUGAGCCUGUUUGUUUGUUGGUUUUUGUUCCGGUUCCUUCAGAGACGACGGGUUAAUUAAUUAUUAAUGUGAGUGUGAGGACGUGACCAGAGGUUAGAAGGAGUUAAUUCAUCGAUACCUUAUGCAACGAAGCCAAUGGUGACCACAGAGCCCCCCCCCCCCUCAUCCCUCCAUCCCCUCAUCCCUCCCUCCAUCCUCUGUAUGAUGUGUUCAGGCUGCACCUUCACCCCCCUCCCCCCCCCACCCAGAGUUGUCAUGUUUUAUUUUCAUAUGAUGAUAUUAAUAUUGUAUCUCGUAGUGGUUUUCUUAAACUCUCUCUCUCGGUUGUUUUUAGAUUAGUUUUCAGUCUUUGUUUAAAGAUAAAAAAAAAACAUAAAUUAAAAAAAAAAAAGGCAAAGGGACAAACCUGAAACCUUCUGCACAUAUUAAUUAAUUAAUUAAUAAUUAAUAAUAAUAAUAAUAAUGCUGAUGUUACCUGUGUGGGGGAAAUGCCUAAAUAUUCUGUACAUACUGAGGCCUUUUCGUUUCCUUUUAAACCUAAUAAUUAAUUAACUGUCGCCCUCAGGACCCGACAUCGUUUCAUCCAGGAUCAAACUCUGUGGUCCAAUAAAAAUAAAACUUUAAAAAAAAAAACUGACUGAGCCUGUCGCCCUCCCAAAUGUUAAACCUCCUCUUUUGUUUUUGUAAUAUUUUCUUUUUUUUUUUUUAUAUAUAUAAAUAUAUAUAAGUCUAUAUCCACACUGUUUUCUGCUUCUCUUCUUGUUUUUAUCAUGUCUCUGUCUCUAACUGUACAUGGUUAAUAUUAAAGAUGACGAGGUUAUGCUUUAACUCUCAA